UUUACAAAAAAACACAAAACCUUAAUUAAAAAAAAAAUAAAACACUUUCGUUGAAAUUAAAAACUAUUCAUCGUUGUUCUGUCUCUCUUUCUUUCACAAUUCUUCUUCUUCUUCUUCUUCUCCUAAUUAAUCUCAGAGAAGUGAAUCCAAGAAAGAAAGAUGGGAUUGAGGGAAAAUAUAUUGGUGUUUGUUUUGAUAGUGGCGUUGUUGAAAGUAACAGAAGGGAUCAGAUUUGUGAUAGAUAGAGAUGAGUGUUUCUCACAUGAGGUUAAGUACGAGGGUGACACUGUUCAUGUUUCUUUCGUUGUUAUUAAGGCUGAUUCUCCUUGGCAUUACGGUGAUGAAGGUGUCGAUCUUGUGGUAAAGGGACCUGUCGGUGAUCAAAUUCAAGAUUUCCGUGACAAGACCAGUGAAAAGUUUGAGUUUGUGGCUCACAAAUCAGGGGUGCAUAAGUUCUGUUUCACUAACAAAUCUCCUUAUCAUGAGACCAUCGAUUUUGAUGUGCAUGUUGGUCACUUCUCUUACUUUGAGCAACACGCAAAAGACGAGCAUUUCAACCCUUUGUUAGAGCAGAUAGCGAAGUUGGAAGAAGCUCUUUACAAUAUUCAGUUUGAACAACAUUGGUUAGAAGCUCAGACUGAUCGCCAAGCAAUAGUGAACGAUGGGAUGAGCCGAAGAGCAGUACACAAGGCAAUCUUUGAAUCAGCAGCACUGAUUGGAGCUAGCGCGCUGCAAGUCUUUCUUCUGCGACGUUUAUUUGAGCGAAAGUUGGGAGCCUCUAGAGUUUAGAGUUAGACAAUGUUCUGAGAAUCUGUAACAUUAUGAAUCCUGAUGUUAUUUUAAACUUUUUGUUUAUUUACUGUCAUGACCUUGAUAUUUAUACUGGUUGUUCACUUUACUCAAAAUAUAUUUCUGGAAAAAUGUUAUUUAUUGUUAA